AUGUCGCAUCACGUUUUGCAUGCCCAGGUGAAUCGCUAUCCAGUGGUGGUGCAGACCUACAGCCCUGGCGUCAAAGUCCUGCGCCAAGUGUCCUCGCCCAAUUUGUCGCCGCCGACCGCAACGGCAAUGGUCGUGCCGGCCGCGCAGUCCCCAGGUCUGGUGGUGAAACACCGCGGAGCUGUCUGCGCUCCACUUCCCACAUGGGCUGCGCCGGCCACCCCGCCACGGGCAGGGAUGACGGGCGUCGUGAGGGGGACCAGCGCGACGGAGAAGGAGAGUGACCCUGUACCGGGCACCGCUGGCACCGCGGCGCCGCCGAAGCCCGGACCGGUGCCCCGUGGCUCCCGCGGCGUGGACGAAGAUGCGCUGAGGGCGCGACUGGAGGUGACCAGAAGAGAACUCACACAAAAGAUGAGCGAACUCAGAGAACUGGAAGCCAGUCUUCUAUCCACUUCAUUCACCAAGCGUCUUUCGGACCACAGUUUGACGCGGCCCUUUGACGUCUUGGUAGAGGAGUCGGAGACCACAGGGCAAUCCAGUGGUACUCCCAGCCCAGACAGCCAAACUUUCUUUAAAUGUUCCACGAAAGCAGUGGCCACCGACACUGAUGAUUUGCUGUGCAUCUGUGCAGCGGAGCAUGGGCCGGGGCCGCAGGUGCAGCCGGAUCUGACCGCGCCUGAAGGGCAGGAGCAGAGUGCUGCCAUCGGUGCCAUCGGUGACACCGAGAAGGUGGAGCCGGCUGAGGCAGAGAUGGUGGAGGUGACUGUGCCUGUGCCCAUGGUGCCUGUCCAGCCAACGCCUGAGGGGCGAGAGAAUAGCCAGGAAAAUGGGAAAAAUGGGAAAAAUGGGAGAGUGAGGAUCGACCCGACCAAAGCUGACUGCACCGACAGCAAAGCUGACAAGGUCCAGGUGCAGAAACGGGAUCGCAGCACCUCGGUGCCGAAACGGGUUCAGAUCCUUCCCCCGCGGCCCAGCAGCAUCUCCGCCCCCUCAGCGUCCUCACCGCCGGCCGCGCGGUCCCGGACCAGCUCGGCGAAGGAACGGCCCAGGAUGGCCACGCAGCUGCACAUCCCGGUCUCCGCGCGGCUAUCCUCGCGGCGGGCAAGGAAUGCGAACACGGCAAUGGAGAAGAGCUUCUCGGCACGGGAACUGUCCAGACCUCUGGCCGACAGCACUGGAGGUGCCGGGACCAGCGGCAGCGCCAGCGUCACCAGCGGCACCCUGGAGGUGGCCGACGUGGCGCGACUGGUGGCCUCGCCUGAAAUAGGUACCUUGGACGACUUCUUGCCAAAUCCUGUUCCUGAACCAGAGGUCUUGAGCGACAGUGCGGUGACAGCUGAGGUCAACAGGAAGUCCGAAGUGGCAAAAGUGCCAUGCAAGGACACUGCACCUCCGAGCAAUCCAAACCCUGGGAACCUUGGGCGUCGGCGGAGUGGAACACCAGGCAGCCCCAUGCGUGGUGCUGUGCGAGAAGCACCGGAGACAGCCAGGACUGGAAGCCGCAUGCUCUGGAGCCAGCAGCUGACGGCCUUGAGCUGUUCCGAGCUACCGCGAAGGUCGCCCAGUCCACAGCGAAUGCCCAGGGCGGUGCCAAAGACUCCUCUUCGAGGUUCAACUGCUCAGGCGCGCGUCUCGGGGACCGAGGCGGUUGACGUGCCCAGUAGUCGCACCCAGAAGAAACAGGUCACUUGGAAAGCAAGGUCCAGGCCUAGCGAGGCACGUGAAGCAGGAAGGAAUGAUCGGAAGGAUCUCGCGAGAGGACGCAAGGAGACCAGUGAGGAUUCUUGA